AUGAAUUCAAGAAAAGGAUAUAAAGAAAGAUCGACAAAAGAAGAUGAUAAAUCAUUAUUUUGGGAACAUUCAAAAAAUAUACUAAUAUUGUUUGCUGAGAAUAUAUUAUUUAUAAAGAUGGAAAUUGAAUUUAAUAAUGUUGCUAUUGAAGUUGUUAAUAAAUUAUGGAAUUAUAUAAAGUAAUUUAAUAUUUUAUAAUGUAGAUUGGUGUAUAAUACUUUAAAUCAAUUAAAAGUAAUAAGUUUUUUGAUUAAAUAAAAUAUAACCUAGUAAUUAUGAAAUGUUAAUCAAUGCUUAAAAUUUUGUUUAUUAAGAAUUAAAACAUGAAACUGCUCUUAAGAAGACAUCUCAUAUUUAAAAUUACAAUAAAAAUCCAUCCAUUUCCUCCUUCUUAAAAAUUAAUGAUUGUUCAGAUAUCUUAGAAAUAAUAAGAAAUACAAAUUUAACUUAAAUAUAAAUCAAAGAACAAGAUUAAAAAUUGUAAGUUAAUCAAUUAUUAGAAUAUUAUGGUUAUGAGUCAUAAAGAGUUACAAGAAUACACAACUAGUGAUCUAUCUAAUUUGAUUAUCAUAAAGCUUUGCAAGAGUAAGAUGAUUAAGUGUAAUAACUCUUAGAAAGAAGGAAUCUGUUAAAUUAAAAAGAUAAAUAGAAUGAAAUUUCAAUACUAAUUAGUAUUUAUUAUUAUUAUAAUUAUUAUUAUGUCUAUUUUAUUUACAACAGAAGAAUUGAAAUAAAUUGAACCACAUCCUUAUGAAUACGUAUAAACAAAAACAAAAUAUCUAGAACAAAUGAGUUCCUUUAAUUACACUAAAACUACUUAACUUCCUUUCAUUUCAGUUGCUAAAGCUUAACAUAGACAAUUAAUAGAUAAAGUCAAAUAUUAUUAAUACGAAGAAAAGAAAUAAUUACCUUCACAUCAAUUUAAUACUAUUUUUGAAGAUUAAUCUCAGCCACCAAUUCAUACUGAAGAUGUCAGAUAACAAUAUUAUAAAGAAUUUAUACUCUAACCAAAAGAAGAAGAAAUAUCAAAGAAAGAUAAAGAGAAGAAUAGAUAUUUGCAUAUAUGUGGAGUCAUUAAUGCAUAAAAUCAAAUAGACAAAAAAGAAUACAAAAAUCAUAUAAAAGAAUUGAAGUAAUUAAAAAGAGAGGUAGAGUAAAUUUAAUAAUAAACUAAAAAACCUUAUUAUCCUACAAAGGAAAUGUGUCGUAAUACUAAUUUGAUCAAUAAAUUGGCAACUCCAAUGUUGAAUAUGUAUAAUGUUUAUUUCAAAGAAAUCUUUGAUGCCUUAAUUGAUGAUAUACUUCUAGAAGAGGUAUAAAUAAAAUUUUAUAUUUUAGGUUCAAUUUUUAAAUGAAUAGUAAGAUAAAACAUUGAAUGAAAAUGUACAACCUGAAAUCCCAGAAUUUGAUAAUGAAGACAAUUAGUAGUAGCUUAAUGUUGAUGUAAAAGACCUCUUAUUAGAACUUGGCAAUAUAAUGGAUGAAUAUUGAUU